CCAUCAAACAUGCAACGAAGCAGAUGAACUCAGGCCACAGCGAGUGAGUGAAAGACAGGGCCAGAGUGAAGGUUAAGACUACAUUUCUCUCAUUAGAAUCAGGAGUGAGCUACAGUUUCACUUCCCUGAAGGCACCUGUUGAGGCUGGACAGGAGUUUCACUCAGACUCAGGAGGACCCGUCCCGUCGUCCGUCGUCCGUCGCUCUCUGACUUGCACUGACAAGCAGCCAUGGGCUCCGUGGUGGGGGGCUGCGUCACUGACUUCUUCACCUACGAGACCACCAAGUCUGUGGUGGUCAAGAGCUGGUCGGUGGGCAUCAUCAACCGGAUCGUACAGCUGUUCAUCAUCUCAUAUUUUGUUGGCUGGGUCUUCAUCCAUGAGAAAGCUUAUCAGGUGACCGACACCGGCAUCGAGUCCUCUGUAAUGACCAAAGUAAAAGGCAUAGGUUCCCUUAACGGCCAGGUGAUGGAUGUGGCCGACUAUGUCUCCCCACAACAGGGUUCAGGUAUCUUCUGCAUCAUGACCAAAAUCAUCAUCACAGAAAAUCAGUAUCAAGAUAAAUGUAAAGAGCAUGGGGAUCGUUUUAAAUGUACCACAGAUGAAGACUGCAAAAAGCAUUCAGGCAGCAUCCUUUCCAACGGAAAUAUAACUGGUGUUUGCAUUCCAGCCCCCAAUGGCACGGGUCGGUGUGAGAGUAGAGGAUGGUGUCCAGCCGAGGACGACACCGUUAAGAUCGAACCGAUGCUAGCUGUCAAAGACUUCACCAUCUUCAUCAAAAACAGUGUUCGCUUCCCACUCUUCGAUGUAACCAGAGGGAACUUUCCCUCCACAAUGAACUCCUCAGAGAUCAAGAGCUGUACCUACCAUCCGGAGACGCACCCCUUCUGCCCCAUCUCCGUGUGGGGGGACGUGCUGAACCACACCGGGCAGGACGUGACUCAACUGGCAGAAAAGGGUGGAGAAAUAGGAAUAAACAUAGAGUGGAAGUGUAACCUGGACCUGGACAUUGAAUACUGUGUACCCAAGUACUCAUUCACGCGACUGGACGCGUUUGAAAAGAACGCCGUCUCCAAAGGCUACAACUUCAGAUUUGCCAAAUAUUACAAGACAGAGAAUGGGACUGAAUCGACACUUCACAAAGCGUAUGCCAUCCGCUUUGAUGUGAUGGUCACUGGCAAUGCAGGAAAGUUUGGCACAAUCCCAACACUGAUCAACUUGGUAGCUGCCUUCACCUCUGUCGGACUGGGUACGGUCCUCUGUGACAUUAUCUUACUGAAUUUCUUGAAAGGGAGAGAUCAGUACAAAGCCAAGAAGUUUGAAGAGGUGACGGAGGCUCAGAUAGAAGCAAUCAGCGCUCAGAGCCCAGGCAGCCAGCUGUCGCUCAGACCAGGUAUCAAGAGCUCCUACGACUCUGGAGCCAUUUCCCUCUCUGCCUCUGACCAACAGAUCUGACUGACAACAACUAUCUGAAGAAAAGGACUUUCCUCUUUUUUUCUCUUUCCCUUAUUGCUGUAUUACAAUAGACUCAUUAUGCAUUUUCUGGUUGUCAGGAUCUUGCAGUCCAUUUUAGUUUGGCAAGUUUAUGGAAAUUGGUAAUGAAGGACAAUGUUGCUGCCAUCUUUGCAAAUUCGCAAAACAAGAAGUGGGAGUCAGAAGAAAAUAAUUAUGGCCUUUAGCUCAGAACAAUAACUGUAGGCUCCUGGUUAGCAACUCUCAAGCAAAGGUCCCAUGAGAAAGAUUUAAGAUGAAACUCAAAGAAUGGCCUCUCUCUUCACCAUUUAGAUAAAGCUUAUUAAAGCCAAUAAACUCAGAGGGAAACAUACAGUAGUAAACAUGUUAUUUUAUUGUAAGCAGUUUCAUUUUACAAGACGUUUAACAGCUACAAUAAACUGCAACCUCCUGUUUGUCAGCCAAAAAAAUAUAAUAUAUCCUCAUUUCCUGUUAGCUUUGCUCGAACGAGCCAGAAUUUUAAAAAACAUGUUCGAUACAACAACAAUAAAAAACAGUGCUGAGAAUAAA